GACAGAGCCUCAGUCUGACUGAGCCCUGACCCACACACACCCAAUAUUAGGAGAGGCGGGAAAACAAAGAAGAGAGAGACACACACAGCCACUGUGAUUUUCAGAGCCCAAAGAGAAAGAGUGAAGAAGAAGAAGAAGAUGAGAGGCAAAGGUACGGAGCCGUCGGUGAACGACCGUUACACGCAGUGGAAGUCGCUGGUGCCGGUGCUCUACGACUGGCUUGCCAACCACAAUCUCGUCUGGCCUUCUCUCUCUUGCAGAUGGGGGCCGCAGCUGGACCAAGCUACUUACAAGAACCGGCAACGUCUUUAUCUUUCCGAACAGACUGACGGAAGUGUUCCAAAUACACUUGUCAUUGCAAACUGUGAAGUUGUCAAGCCUAGGGUGGCAGCUGCAGAGCACAUAGCACAGUUCAAUGAAGAAGCACGGUCUCCAUUUGUAAAGAAGUUUAAAACUAUAAUACAUCCUGGAGAGGUGAACAGAAUCAGGGAACUCCCACAAAAUAGUAUGAUAGUGGCCACGCACACCGACAGUCCUGAUGUCCUCAUUUGGGAUAUUGAGGCUCAACCUAAUCGUCAUGCCGUCCUGGGAGCUUCAAAUUCUCGCCCAGAUCUGCUAUUGACUGGACAUCAAGAUAAUGCUGAAUUUGCUCUUGAUAUGUGCCCCUCGGAACCCUUUGUACUCUCUGGAGGGAAGGACAAGUCAGUGAUUUUGUGGAGUAUUCAUGAUCAUAUCUCAUCUCUAGCAUUAGAUCCUGGGUCUGCCAGGUCACCAGGAUCUGGAGGUUCAAAUGCUAAACAUGCCUCUAAGGUUGGUGGGAAUAAUGAAAAACCCGCAGACAGCCCUUCUCUUGAGCCACGAGGUAUCUAUAAAGGGCAUGAGGAUACUGUUGAAGAUGUACAGUUCUGCCCAUCCAGUGCGCAGGAGUUCUGCAGUGUAGGCGAUGAUUCUUGCCUUAUACUAUGGGAUGCUAGAUCUGGGAAUAGUCCAGUUGUCAAGGUUGAGAAAGCUCAUGAUGCUGACCUUCAUUGCGUAGAUUGGAAUCCUCAUGAUGUCAAUCUCAUUCUUACAGGGUCUGCCGAUAAUACUGUUCGUAUGUUUGACCGCCGGAAUCUCACUUCUGGAGGAGUUGGAUCACCCAUUCAUAAGUUUGAGGGCCAUACUGCAGCAGUUCUCUGUGUUCAGUGGUCUCCUGACAAGUCCUCUGUCUUUGGAAGUUCUGCUGAGGAUGGCCUGUUGAACAUCUGGGAUCAUGAAAAGAUUGGUAAGAAGCAAGAAUCUGUUUUAUCAAAGGCUCCUCCUGCAGGAUUGUUUUUCCGACAUGCUGGUCAUAGGGACAAGGUUGUCGAUUUUCAUUGGAAUACAUCUGAUCCCUGGACAAUAGUAAGUGUUUCCGAUGAUUGUGAAAGUACUGGAGGAGGCGGUACACUCCAGAUGUGGCGAAUGAUUGAUAUGAUUUACAGGCCUGAGGAAGAGGUGCUGGCCGAGCUUGACAAGUUCAAAUCUCACAUGUUGACAUGCUCUGCUUGAUGCGACUCUCCUCCACUCACUAGACAGUGUAAUAUUAAUCCAGCUCUCUUUAAUCUCAAUUAUCUAGCCCCUAGUGAGACUAGUAGCCCCAUUUGAAGAAACAGAAGGAAUAACUUGGUUUAGUUGGGUGCUAAUUGUAAUGGUCAGUUGUGAUGUUCCUAUAACUUGUUUCAUUUUGAGGAGAAGUAACAUCGUUAAUUUCAAGAGACACGG